CUGUCACACAUCUAAACCUCAGACAGAGAGCUGUGUCACCCCCCCUCCACUCCCCUCCCACCCUUGCCUUCUCCCGCUUAGUGCCUGUCUGGGAUCUGUCUUCACUGAAGGACGUGUUCAUUGACUCGCGUUAUUAGGACGCGUUAUGAUGCGAGACCGCCGCCUGCCGUAGUGCGAUCAGCGCCCAGAGAGCGACAGAUCAGAUGCCAGCGAGGAUGUCCGACUGAGACCAGUGCCGCUGCCUUGCUGGAGAGCUGUCAUUUUGGUUUAUUUUUAACCCCCCUAUUCUCUCUCCUCUUUUUUUUUUUCCCUCAUUGCGCUCCCUCAGAAACUCAAGCACCUCUCGGAUGGUGGACUGGACAGCUGAAUGCCAGCUGCUUGUGGAGCAUGGGUACAACUGCCAGUGCCGCACCGCAGCCAGUGUCCGCAGCCUCGCCACUGGAGAGUGUCCACAGCAACGGGAUGGCCGACAGCAGGCAGUCUCUUACCAUGAGCCCCUUUCAGACAGUCAACAUCCACAACAACAAGGCCAAGUCCAUUAUCACCAACAAAGUCGCACCUGUCGUCAUCACGUAUAAUUGCAGACAGGAGUUCCAGAUUCACGAUGAAAUCCUCAAGACCAACUACAAAGUCGGGCGGAUAUCAGAAACCAUGCCCGAGCACUACCUGGUGCAGGGGGAGUACUUCAUGGUCCAGGACGUGUACAGCAAGGCUGAUGUCCUGAACACCACGGGCAGCUAUGGGGCGCCCAACUUCCGCCAAGUCAAGGGAUCCUACCCUCUGUACGGGAUGGGUCAGCCGAGCCUGAACGGCUUCAAACAGGUCCUCCAGAGGCUCCAGGUGGAAGGACACAAGGAGGUUAUAUUCUUCUGUGUACGAGAGGAGCCGGUGGUUUUCCUGCACAAGGAUGACGACUUUGUGCCGUACACCCCCAGGAGGAAGGAAAACCUACAUGAGAACCUACACGGCCUGAAAAAGGAGGUGCUGGUGGAGAGCCUGGAGCUCACCGUCAGGAAGGAGCUCCACGACUUCGCCAUGCUCAACGAAAACAUCUUCUCCGUCUACAAUGACAUAGAGUUCUUCAAAGACGAGCCCCAGAAGAUCUCCAUCACGUGUGAGGAGGACAUCCAUGUGACAGAGGAGGUCUACAAGAGGCCCAUGUUCACCAUGCCGGCCUACAGGUAUUACAGAUUACCUUUACCGACGGAGGGAGCGCCGCUGGAAGAAGACUUUGACGCAUUUGUUAACAUUCUCAGGGAGAGUCCCAGCUUGUCCCUGGGCCACGAUGCAUCCCGGCCGCUGCCGACGCUGCUCUUCAGCUGCCAGGUGGGCGUCGGCCGCACCAACCUUGCCAUGAUCCUGGGCACCCUGGUCAUGAAUCGCCUGAGGGGGGAUUCACAGCCGCCGUCUCAGGUUGAGGAGGCAGCAGCUUCAGAGCCUAAACCACUUUUCCAGGUCAUCCAGUCUCUGAUCAACAAGCUGCCGAAUGGACAGCAGGUCAUGGAAGAGGUUGACCAGGCUAUCGCCCUGUGUUCAGAAAUGCACAACAUAAAAGAAGCGAUACAUGAGAACAAGAGAAAGCUGGAAGGGAUCGGAGAAGAUUAUCAAAUACAGGGAAGCAGCACCAAAGACUACUUUCUCAACCGCACCAUGCAGAGUUUGGAGCGCUACUUCUACUUGAUUGUGUUUAACGCGUACCUUCACGAACAGUAUCCUCUUGCCUUUGUGUCCAACUUCAGCCAGUGGAUGUGCUGCCAUGCGUGGCUGUACAGACUGCUGGCCCGUAUGGACCUGUCGGAGCUGUCGGCACCGGCUGAGCUGGUCACCAGGGGAGCCCGCGUCCUGGUUGCUGAUGAGUACUUGGCUCCUGACGUGCUCAGCACGGUGAAGGAGAUGAAGGCGGUCAACUUCAGACGAGUGCCCAAGAUGCCUGUUUAUGGAGUCGCUCAGCCGACGUCAGAGGCCACCGCAGCCGUUUUGGCCCAUCUGACGGAUGAGAAGAGGAAGCACAGCCACGUGCUGUGGGUGAACCUGCAGGAGGAGCUGGUGUUGGAAGGAAACGGUCAGACUUUCACACCCAGGGAGCCCUCGUGCCUGGACCAGCACAUUCCUAUCCCAUCAUCUGACCCACAGCUAAUAGAGAAACUGGAGACGUCUCUGAAGGAGGCGGUCCUGCGAGCUCAGAAGUGGCUGGAGGUGACGCUGGAGCAGGACAAACAGAUGAAGAUGUUUAAAAGCUGCAUGACGGUCCAGGAGAUCUUCCACCAGCAAAAGAGCUCCCACCAGGGCCUCGUCUACAAACGCAUCCCUCUGCCGGAGUGCAGCGCGCCCAGGGAGGAGGAUUUCGAUAGGCUGCUGGAUGCCAUGAAGAGUUCCUUGGCCGAAGACUCCCGCUCAGCCUUCGUUUUUAACUGCUCCAACGGCAAAGGCAGGACCACAACCGCCAUGGUCAUCUCUGUUCUGACUCUCUGGCAUUUUAAUGGUUUCCCAGAGUUUGCAGAAGACGAGAUUGUUAGUGUUCCGGAUGCCAAGUACACAAAAGGAGAAUUCGAGGUCGUGAUGCAGCUGGUUCGCCUGCUCCCCGACGGUCACAGGAUGAAGAGGGAGGUGGACACGGCCCUGGACUCCAUCAGCGAGACCAUGACCCCCAUGCACUACCAUCUGCGAGAGAUCAUCAUCUGCACAUACAGACAGAUUAAAAGCGGCAAGACGGAGAAGGAGUGUCAGCAGCUGCUGCUGAGGAGCCUGCAGUGCCUGGAACGCUACAUUUACCUCAUCCUCUUCAACACAUACCUGCAUCUAGAGAAGAAAGACUCUUGGCAGCGCUCCUUCACUCUCUGGAUGGAACAGGUGGCUGCCAGGGCCGGAGUUUAUGACAUCCUCAACCAGCUGGCCUUCUCCGAGUUCGAGAACCCGAGGGACUCGCAGCUGGCCCGACUGCGCUGCCGCUGGCAACGGCAAAACAUUCACUCACUUCCUUUCCGAGGGGAGUUCAUCUGAGAGAGGAUCACUGCGAAGGCACCAGAGCAGCACUGUGCUUUUCAGAAUAAAAGACAUUUUUACAGUCACAUUGUCACAACUUCUAUAUUUACCCCUGUGUCAAUGCAUAUCUUUAUUUCAUCUAUUGUUUGUUUUGCUGUUCCUUUCUUGUUAAACGUUUUUAGGCUGUUACUUUUAGUGCCUUUUUUUCAAUGCUAGAUCAUAGACUUGACUAAUAUUUAUGUCACUUUUUUCAAAUCAACUUUAUAAUGAGUUUGUUUUUUUCACACGUUUGAAGGCGAGAGGGACUUUUUGAACUUCUGUUUUACCGAGACAACAGAUUAGGUUGUUGUGGAGGACAGGAGCAAGCUCCGUAUGUCACACCUGCUUUUUGUGGUCUGAUAUCUUUCUUGAAACCUGUUCUCUUCUUUGUCCGACCUGAUUUCAAAUAUGUUUUCAAGACAACCACUCUGUGUACAUACGAACAGUUGUUUUUCGUGUCCUUGAGUUUGUUUUGUCCCAGUAAGACAACAGAAAUGAGUCAGUCUGUGGUUCCUGUUUCUUUGAUUUCUCAUGUGUCAGGUACUAACAAUGCAGCAUGUCAGGAACGUUUUAUGUAAGUUUGAUUCUCCUUUAAAGCUGUUA